GUGUCACGUACCGACACAAGAGGAAGAAAGAUAAUGAAUCUUGAAAGAUAAUGAAUAUACUCAAUCUAAUGAACCCAAUUCCCAAAUGAGUAUGGUAUUGAGGCUUGAGUCCUCAUGUGUGAACUUAGUGGAAAUUGUUAAUGAUAUAGUACUCGUUGUUGCUACAUGUUAAGCAUCAUAGUUGAUUUUAUGAUAUUACUUGAUAUAUAUUAUCUUCUAUUUUGAGUUGGCCGAUGAUAUCUACUCAGUACGUGUGGUUGUACUGACCCCCUACUUUUAUGUUUUCUUCUUUGUUAUUUGUGGAAUGCAGCAAACGUUCCGUCAACUUCAACUCAGCAGUAAAUCAAGCCAGUCUUCGACACACCGGAUCUUCAGGAUGGUUAGGACUAGAGCAACGACCGCACCAGCAGCAACAACGGAAAGACAAGAAACGACUGAGCCAGCCACUGGGGCUGUGGCUCGAGGAAGAACAGCGGCAAGAGGCCGUGGAAGAGGUCGUGGGAGGACGUCCUCUAGAGGAAGAGGACGAGCCCCUAGCCCAUCUGAUACUAGGGCGGUGACUCCUCCACCGACCGAGGAGGUGAUAAGAGAGGGUGAGGAAGGGGAGAAUGAACGAGUGCAAAAUGAGGAAAUGCCACCCCAACCUACCCCAGAGAUGAUCAACCAGGUACUUGCUUAUCUUAGCGGGUUAUUCGAUCAGGGUCAGGCACCUCCAGUGGUUUCUGCACCAACACCUCCGGUUCCAGAGAUACGACAUGCGGCUACUAUGGCUCCCCGCAUGGAGGCAUCAUUGGGAAUAGGCACAUUUCCACGUCUGACUACUGGGCCUAUUAUGACAAAUGAUCAGCAUGAACUUUUCAGUAAGUUCUUGAAAUUGAAACCUCCAGUCUUUAAGGGCGCAGAAUCAGAGGAUGCCUACGAUUUUCUGGUUGAUUGUCAUGAGCUACUACACAAGAUGGGUAUAGUAGAACGGUUUGGCGUUGAGUUCGUGAGCUAUCAGUUUCAAGGGAACGCCAAAAUGUGGUGGCGGUCACAUGUUGAGUGUCAACCAACAGAGGCACCACCUAUGACUUGGGAAUCAUUCUCUAGCUUGUUUAUGGAGAAGUAUAUCCCAAGGACUUUGAGAGAUAGAAAAAGGGAUGAGUUCUUGAGUCUAGAGCAAGGUAGGAUGACGGUUAACGCAUAUGAGGCUAAAUUCCGUGCAUUAUCCAGGUAUGCCACCCAACUUUGUUUCAGUCCACAAGAACGGAUCCGCCGUUUUGUGAAGGGGUUGAGGUCAGAAUUGCGGAUUUCAGCCUUACAGAUAGCGGCAACGGCAACAUCCUUCCAAGAGGUGGUAGACUUUGUGAUAGAGGUGGAAGGAGUGAAACCAGAUGACUUCACCACGACAUCGACAUCAAAAAGGUUUCGAAGGGGAGGUGAGUUUAAUGGUUCUUACUCUAGAGGACAGAGCUCCGGAGGUCACUCAGUUCGACCAAUUCAGUCUUCACUACAGACUGUAGUUGGGGGUCCACCUCAGACCGGUCAACACUUCUCUGAGAGGCCGAUGCGUGAACCCAGAGAAUGUUAUGGAUGUGGGGAGAUUGGACACAUUAAGAGGUAUUGUCCAAACCAGAGUUACAGAACCCCACUAGCUAGAGGUAGAGGUGGUCAUGGUAGAGGCCGUUAUUCUGGAGGGCGUGGUGGCCGAGGUAAUGGUGGUCACCAAAACGGCAGAGGUGAAGGGCAAACUGGAGCCCCCACUACGCAACAUGGUAGGGGCAACGGACAGACAAAUAAUGGGGCCCAUUGUUACGCUUUCCCUGGGAGAUCUGAAGCGGAGGCGUCUGAUGCUGUUAUCACAGGUAAUCUUUUGGUUUGUGAUUGCAUGGCGUCUGUAUUAUUUGACCCUGGCUCCACGUUUUCAUAUGUAUCUUCCUCAUUUGCUAAUGGUCUUAAUUUACAUUGUGAAUUACUUGACAUGCCUAUUCGUGUUUCUACUCCGGUGGGUGAGUCUGUGGUAGUUGAAAAGGUAUAUAGGUCUUGUUUGGUGAAUUUUAUGGGGAGCAACACCUAUGUAGAUUUGGUUAUCUUAGAAAUGGGUGACUUUGAUGUAAUUCUGGGUAUGACUUGGCUUUCUCCGAAUUUUGCGAUUUUGGACUGUAAUGCUAAAACGGUGACGUUAGCCAAGCCUGGGGCAGAUCCGUUAGUGUGGGAGGGCGACUACACUUCCAAUCCGGUUCGUAUCGUGUCCUUCCUUCGUGCCAAGAGGAUGGUUAGUAAGGGUUGUUUAGCUUUCUUAGCACACCUCAAGGAUGACACUACCCAAGUACCCUCGAUUGAGUCAGUUUCGGUAGUCCGUGAGUUUUUGGAUGUGUUCCCUGCAGAUCUUCCGGGUAUGCCACCGGAUAGGGAUAUUGACUUCUGUAUUGAUCUUGAACCGGGAACUCGCCCCAUUUCUAUACCCCCUUAUAGAAUGGCUCCCGCGGAGUUAAGAGAGUUAAAGGCCCAACUUCAAGAGUUGUUGAGCAAAGGCUUCAUUAGACCAAGUGCAUCUCCUUGGGGUAAUCCGGGAUAUUACACCCCACUUAAGGUAAACACAUAUUCAUUAGUGAAUUUUGUCUCAUCUGAAUCAGAGAUCCAGGCUGCAUCAAAAUACCCUUCUAAAAUAGAAGGAAGUCCGGUUUACAUGAUACUAUAA